AUGGCGGACAAUGGGCUCUCCAGGUUAGAGGCUACCUCUAUCACCAGGACCUUCCCCCUGCUCCCCUUGCUGCUCCUGAUGUGGCCCCUGUCUGGGCAGGGCAGCCCCAUCUCCCUGGCCCCAGAGAGGCAUCGCCCUGCUCCAGGUCUGGGGGACGGCCACGGGGGCGUCAUAGACCCAUCUCUGUUGGAGCAGGACAGUGAUGUGGACAUGCAGAGCCUGCUGGAGAGCCUCCGGACCUUCAACCUGUCUGGCCUGGGCCCUCCUGCCCAGGCACCUGGCAGUGUCCGCGUGGAGCCGCCCGAGUACAUGAUGGAGAUUUACAACCGCUUCGCCAACGACCACACCGCCAUGCCAACCGCCAACAUCAUCCGCAGCUUCAAGAACGAAGGUAGAGAGCCAAUAUACUGUACUCUGUGUCCUUAUGCCAUAGUAGCUUCACGUUAUGCUAUGGUGUUCUUUGCUUUGGAAAUGUUUUAAUUCAUGUACUGUAAACCCGUUAUCCCUGUAUAAUGAGAGUAUUAAUAUCAGAACUGUUCAUCAGAAAUGUAUUACCUAUCAAAAUGUACCUGUAGAGGGUCAACAUGCAUAGUGUAAAAACUAUUAAGCAUAAUAGUUGAAUUUUCGAUGACAUUUGUUUUAUCUUUUUAUCUUACAAAUACUGUAGCGCCUUACAUUUUUGAGAGUCUGCACUGUGCAAAUAAACAAAGUGUUUUUUAUUGAUUUUAAAGUGAAUUUCUCAUUAUUAAUUUAGAUUUUUUACAAUGGUAUAUUAAUUCAACUUCAUCUAGUUUAAUGUUUAUUAGGAUGCUACAAUUGUCUCGGAAGUGUGUUGGACAAAAUCUUGGCUUUUGCUGUACUAUCAAUUCUGCAGUGUAGUACACUGGUAAUAUAUUCAAAGCAUCAACAAGAAGAAGUACUGAUUAACAGCCUUCAUCUCUGUGUAUUCCUCUCCCCCAGACUCAUCUCCCUGCAGUUUGGGUAGUAGAGGGGUGAGACAACACCCUCUGCUCUUCAACGUAUCCAUACCCCACAAUGAGCGUAUCACCGCCGCAGAGCUGCGUCUCUAUACCUUGGUCCAGACCGACCGCAACCUCUACGCUGGGGUCGACCGCAAGGUGACCAUCUACGAGCUGCAGCAGGAUGGAACAGGGGAGGACAACAGAACAGCGAAGGACACAGAGAGAGGAGGAGCAGGAGGAGGAGGACGGGAGGAGUUAGUGGAGCUGGCAUCACGGCAGGUCUAUGGUACUGAUAAUGGCUGGGAGGCCUUUGACCUAACUGCUGCCGUCCAGCACUGGCGCAAAUCAGAGUACAGCACCACCCAUAGGCUGGAGGUCCACAUAGCAAGCCUGGCCUCUGAGGGGGAAAGGGGGCAGACACUAGCAGAGGGUGAGGGAGAAGGAGAGGGAGAGGGGAGGAGGACAUUCAGGGGAGACAUGGAGAUAGACACCAGCCCAGAUGACAAACACAAACCCCUGAUGAUUAUCUUCUCCGACGAUCAGAGCGGUGAUCACCGCGAUGACAAGAGGGAGCUGAACGAGAUGAUUGGACACGAGACCUCAGAGGCGGUGCUUCAGGGUGACCUGGAGCUGAACAGGCUGUGGGGGGAGCUGGGCCAGGCGGGGGGCAAGGAAGAGGAGGAAGAGGAGGAGCAGGACGAAGAGGCCCUGCUCCAGAUGCGCUCCAAUCUGAUCUAUGACACGGCCUCCAGAAUCCGCCGCAACGCCAAGGUCAACCAGUGUAAGAAGCAGUCCCUGUACGUGGAGUUUAAAGACAUCGGCUGGGACAGCUGGAUCCUAGCACCUGCCGGGUACGAGGCCUUUGAGUGCAGCGGCAUCUGCACAUACCCGCUGACUAAACACGUGACGCCCACCAAGCACGCCAUCGUCCAGACAUUGGUGAGCAUGAAGAGCCCACAGAAAGUGACGCGGGCCUGCUGCGUGCCCACCAAGCUGGAUCCCAUCUCCCUGCUUUACAUGGAUGACACUGGAGUAGUCACGUACAAGUAUAAGUUUGAGGGCAUGGUGGUGGCAGAGUGUGGCUGCAGAUAG